UGUGAUGUAAAGAGAACGGUGCGUUUCGAGGGCCACUCCCAUUCCGCGCGCAUUUCCGCAGAAUAAAUUGAAAUGCAAAAACCCUAGCUUUGAGUUAAGCAAUGGAAGGAGGUGGUGGUGGAGGUGGGAGCGACUUGGAAAGAGAAGAAGAAGAUGACUCUGUGAGCGAGGUCUUGAGAGAUCGGUUUCGCCUCUCCACCAUCUCUAUCGCCGAGGCCCAAGCCAAGAGAAACGGCAUGGAAAUAUCUGAACCCAUAGUGGCUUGCAUUGCCGAUUUGGCCUUCAGAUACACAGAGCAGUUGGCGAAGGACCUUGAGCUAUUUGCUCAGCAUGCUGGUCGUAAAUCUGUAAACAUGGAAGAUGUCAUACUUUCUGCACAUAGAAAUGAACAUCUAGCUACCUCAUUGAGGUCCUUCUGCGAUGAUCUGAAAGCUAAAGAACCCCAAUCUGAGAGGAAGCGGAAGAAGACGUCAAGAAAGGAAGACAAAGCAACUACAAAUGUAGUGCAUAUCCCCGAUAACUAAAAUCAAAGCUCAAGCUUGUCUGGAUUUUGGAAAACACCUUCCUUGUGUAAAUGCUCAUAGUUCCUGAUUAAGCGCAUAUGAUAGCUUAGCUUGAAGUUGAAAGUCAAUUAGGUUAUAAACUAAUCAUACCAUUAUCAUUCUCUGCAGAGAGCUGUUUGAUGUAUCACUUAGAUUUUUCCUAUAAAGCAUGGCAAUCGGCACAGAUGGGAUGGUUAGGAAAAAGUUGCACUGGGCCUAACAUGAAUACAUUCAGAUUUCAUGAGACGAGUCAUGGGCAGAAAAAGUGUAGAAGGAAUAAGAUAGGAAAUGUAAAGGGGCUUUUCGAUAGCUAACAAAUCAAAGGACCAUGAUGUUGUUAAUGUUCU